AUGCCUGACCCACAAAAUAUCAUCAGAAACCAAAGGCUAUAUCAGAAAUCAUUGAAACCACUAUGGUGGAGAGGUCCAAGAUCAGCUUUCUAUCUUUUCCCAUUUUAUGGUCUAUUGGCAGUUGCAGUCAUAACGCCACUAUGUUAUGUUCCAAAUGCCAUUUUAGGUAUUAAGGCAAAGAAGGAGUAA